GUACACGCAACCACGAAAGUAUAACCCCUUUUUUGUUAUUUAAUUUAAUUAUGUAAAUAGUGUGGAACAGUUGAGAAAUACAGUUUUUUUUGGUAACUAAACUAGUGUAACCCCAUUGACUCUCCCACUCCUGAAUAAAUUUUUGGUCCUUCGAGCCGGAUAGAAGUGCCGGCAUCCGCGAGUUCGGGAGUGUCUAGCGUAGUGAGUUCUCCGGUGAGCAGUGGCAUACGACAGUAUGAGUGUCGACGUGCAGUCCAUAAUAGACAGCCAGCAAGAGAUCGUGGGACGCAUGGCGCGCUCCAUGGUCAACCUCCGAAAAAUGGGCGAAGCAAACAUCACGCUGAACGCGGUGGAGACCCGCCUGAAGAUCCUCGAGCAACUUUGGACGAAGUUUGAGAAACAGCACGACUACAUCAGAGCCAGCAUGAAGGAGCACUACAAAGAGAGUGAGUACGCAAGGAAUGACAUUUGCGAUGAAGCUGAAAACACUUACGCAAUGCAACGUAGCGCCCUUCUCGAAUGCGCGGCUACGUUCAAAGCUGAUUCCAAACCGUCCUCUAUCGGAAGUGAUCCUACUCAAAAAACCUCGCUGCCACGGAUGAAAUUGCCGCAAUUUUCUGGAUCGUAUGAUGAUUGGCCAUCCUUUCGCGAUCUCUUCCUCUCGGUGAUCGGGGAAAAUGCUACACUGUCCAAGGUCGAGCGCCUCCACUACCUUCGGUCGUGUGUCCAUGGGCCGGCUGAAAAAUUGAUAAGGUCAUUGACUGUGACAAACGACAACUAUGAACGCGCAUGGACUACUCUCAACAAUCACUACGAGAAUAAGAGAGAACUGAUCCGCUCCAACUUCGCCACGUUUACCGCCGUGCCAAAGAUGAAGGGAGAAACCGCUGACGAACUCUAUCGUAUCCUUAACGCCGUUACCACCGCCGUGAACGCUCAGGAAAGCAUCAAUAGACCAAUCAACUCGCACGGGAUGGAUCUCUUUAACUAUUUGGUGGUCGAGCUCUUCGACUCUGGAACACGUCUCGAGUGGGAGUCGUCCACCAGCGACCUGUCCGAGCCGGCCGAUCAUAAAACUCUGGUGAGUUUUAUGACGCGACGGAUUCUCACAUUGAACGCUGCGAAUCCAAAGGGGGCCACGAAGACCGCAUCCAAUUCAACCCGCAAUGUAAAGGCUCACCUCGGCAAACAAUUCUCAGAGCCCCCACAGUGCCCUCUGUGCAAGGGAAAGCAUUCGCUGAUGCUCUGCUCGGACUUCAAGGACAAAUCCGCAAAGGAUCGAAGAACUUUUGUGGAAACCAACAAACGCUGCUUCAACUGCCUUGGAAAUCACCAAGUCGCGAGGUGCCAGUCGUCGCGAAAUUGCCUUUCUUGCAACGCUCGACACAACUCAAUGCUACACGAUGCAUAUGUGCAGGAGAAAACCGCCGACGCCAGUGUUCUGUCAGCCGUGCGCCACACUGACAACCGCAAGGCGACCCUACUCGCCACAGCACGAGUAAUGGUCGCCGACCGCUAUGGGGAGCCGCACGCAGUGCGUGCUCUCAUCGACCAGGGAUCUGAAGUAUCCAUUAUCUCAGAAGCCCUGGUCCAACAACUCCGCCUACCUCGCUCGAGAACCACCGUUACCAUUGUUGGAAUCGGAGGAGCUCACUCGGGCUCAACCAAGGGAAAGGUUGCCCUCGACAUCACAUCGCAAAUCACUGGCGCCCACCUCGCCGUUAUCGCGUUCGUGCUGCCGCGCCUCACUCUUUACCAGGGUUCGUCAGCUCGGCAUGGUCACAACUGGGCCCACAUUCAAGGACUUCCCUUGGCGGAUCCUCAAUUUGCCGACCAGGAUAAGAUCGAACUCCUUCUGGGAGCUGAAAUUUGCGCAACAAUCCUUGAAGAGGGACUCCGCCGAGGCGAACCGCGUAUGCCGAUCGCUCAGAAAACGUCACUGGGCUGGAUAUUAUCCGGCGGCAGUGAGAUAUCCGCUCUUCAGGGUCACUGUCGCUCACUGCAAUGCACCAUUGACGAUGAGCUCGCCAAAUUAGUGCAACUCUUCUGGGAGCAAGAGAAGGCACCCGCCGCUCCCGCCGCGCUCACACCUGAUGAAGAGAGGUGUGAAAACUUCUUCGUGCGCACCCACAAGCGCACGACCACCGGAAGAUACAUGGUGAGGCUGCCGUUCGCCACCGCACCGACCUCACUGAUGGAAACUCGAACGCCAGCCGAACGACUGCUUCUCACCAUGGAGCGAAAGGGCAAGCGGGAUCCUCAAUUCGGCGAACUGUACCGCACCUUCAUGACGGAGUACGCCAACCUGCAACAUAUGGAGAUCAGUGCUCCUGUCAAUUCCACUCAGGUAAAUUACCUACCUCAUCAUGGGGUACUCCGCGAAUCAAGCUCCACCACCAAACUUAGAGUGGUGUUUAACGGGUCACAGCGCACGAGGACUGGUGAAUCCCUUAACAGCCACCUGCUUAUCGGUGCUAACCGCUUACCUGCAUUAUCAGACGUUUUAAUGCGUUGGCGAUGGCACCGCUACGUUUUCGUUACCGACAUUGAGAAAAUGUAUCGACAGAUUCUCGUGCACCCUGAAGACAGAGAUUGGCAGCGGAUCUUGUGGAGAGCUGAAGCUUCACUCCACGUGCGCGAAUAUCGAUUAAACACGGUCACGUACGGCCUCGCGUGUGCACCGUUUCUCGCGAUCCGCACUCUGCACCAGCUCGCAUGCGACGAGGAAGCUCGCUACCCUCAGGGAGCCGCCUCCCUGCGCCGAGAUUGCUAUGUCGACGACAUCGUUACUGGCGCCGGCACGUUGCAUGACGCGAACGCUCUCGUCCGCGAGCUCCGUGAGUUGUGCAUGGCGGGCGGGUUCCCGCUGCGAAAAUGGGCCACGAACUGUCCGAGCAUUUUGUCAGACCUCCCGGUGGAACACUUGUCGCCAAGCACGCAGCACACUUGGCAGUCUAACGAACAUCUCACACUAGGUCUCCGAUGGCAACCAGCAGAGGAUACCUUCUCAAUUCAAUAUCAUUCGCGCGUUGUCACGACUUUCACCAAACGGAGCGUUCUUUCGGAAACGGCUCGACUCUUCGAUCCAUUAGGAUGGUUGGCGCCUGUCACUGUUCGGGCCAAGAUCCUCAUUCAAUCCGCAUGGCUGCGCAACCUCGAUUGGGACUCCCCGCUUCCCGCUGCUGAAGUGCAGCUCUGGCGGAGUCUACUCGAGGAGCUGCCGCUUCUUUCACGAGUGCGGCUGCACAGGUGGUUGGGCACUGGCGAUCCUUCCACCACUAACGAGGUUGAAAUCCACGGAUUCGCGGACGCCUCGGAGCGAGCUUACGCCGCCGCCGUGUAUCUCCGCGUCCGCCACAGUGACACCAUCACUGUACACCUACUGGCGGCAAAGAGUAAAGUCUCUCCGGUGAGGCCGGUCUCAAUGCCGCGCCUCGAACUUUGCGCCGCUGCACUGCACAGCUGUCUCGCGCAUCAUGUGCGAGACACGUUACAUUUGUCCACAGCUCCAAUCUACUUGUGGUCUGACUCCACGGUGACCCUACACUGGAUCCAGGGCCAUGCAUCAAGAUGGAAGACAUUCGUAGCUAACCGCGUCUCUCUCAUCCAGGAGAGACUUCCUGAGGCACAGUGGAGACACAUCGCCGGACUGCACAAUCCCGCCGAUUGCGCCUCCCGGGGAAUAACGCCUAGUGAGCUCAUCGAGCACCCUCUCUGGUGGACCGGACCACCGUGGCUGACUAACGACAAGGAAGCUUGGCCUUCGAGUCAGUGUCCAGAAGCUCCGGAGAAAUUGCCGGAAUCACGCUCCGCAACGCACUCAACAACGACCAAGGCCGUGUCGGAGCCUGACAUGCUUCUUCGUUUUCCAACUCUGCAGCGACUGUUGCGGGUUACAGCGUGGUGCAUGCGAUGGAGACGACCGCGCACGCACCCACCCCUCACUGACGCUGGCUCAAUUCAACCAGAUGAGCUGGACUCCGCGCUGUAUAAGUGGCUCCGUUUACUUCAGGAGUUGCAUUUCACCACCGAAUUCACCGCGGUUUCACGAGGCCGCAUGGUGUCCACUCGGAGUUCGCUAGCUCGGCUGAGUCUAUUCCUCGACGAGAGGGGAGUGCUGCGAGUCGGGGGGCGACUCAAGCACGCGACGCUGUCGAGCGAUGAGAGGCAUCCGCUCAUCGUCCCACCGUCUUCCUGGAUCGCCAAACUCAUCGUGGACUCCUGCCACCGAAGAUCACUGCACGGGGGAGUGCAAUUGACCUUAGGAUUGCUUCGGCUCCGGUACUGGCUGCCUCGAGGACGAGCGAUCGUCAAACACUGGCUCCACAGGUGUGUGACCUGCACACGAUGGCGUGGAUCCACUCCGCAGCCACCCAUGGGCAACCUCCCUCCAGGAAGAGUGACUCCAACACGUCCGUUCCUCCGAACCGGAGUCGACUAUGCCGGGCCGAUCAGCAUUCGCACCACAGGAGGCCGUGGCUACAAAGCACGCAAAGCAUUUAUAGCAGUGUUCGUGUGCCUUUGCACUCGAGCUACUCACCUCGAAGUCGUCUCCGACUAUACCACGGAGGCAUUUCUGGCGGCGUUCCGUCGCUUCACCUCGCGCCGAGGCCUCUGCGAGGCCGUCUUCUCGGACUGUGGUACGAAUUUCGUCGGCGCCGACAGGGAGCUCCGAGGGAUGUUCCGCGCGUCCACACACGCGGGCCGAUCCAUUGCUUGCGCUGUCAAUGCACAGGGAAUCAGAUGGCACUUCAAUCCCCCCGCCGCACCACACUUCGGAGGCCUGUGGGAAGCGGCAGUAAAAUCCGCUAAACACCACCUCCGUCGGGUGAUUGGCGAUUCAACCUUGACAUUCGAGGAAAUGAGCACGUUCCUCGCACAGGUUGAAUCUUGUCUAAAUUCUCGUCCGUUACAGGCAUUGUCCGACGACCCUGACGAUAUCUCGGCUCUUACACCGGGCCAUUUUUUGAUAGGCGCCCCGCUGCUAGCCGUGCCUGAGCCCUCCCGGACGAAGGAUAAGGAAUCCACGCUGUCUCGAUGGCACCGGAUCCAGGCAAUGCGCGACCACUUUUGGCAAAGGUGGUCGCGUGAGUACAUUCACGGACUCAUCGCCAAACCAAAAUGGAACAGGCACAGUGUCGCACCCCAGGUCGGCGACCUGUGCUUGGUUCGCCUCGAGACGACUCCUCCCAGCCGAUGGCCGCUAGCUCGGAUCAUCCGACUACAUCCGGGGGACGACGGAAUCACACGCGUGGUUACGGUCAAGACGGCUAAAUCAGAGCUAGUACGCCCGAUCGUACAGAUUGUGCCACUGCCAGGAACUCAGGCUGACUCGAUAGGCGCGUGA